AUGGAGUUCGUAUAUAACUCGAAUGCACCUUGUGAGUUUGAAGGCUGGCUCGAAAAAGCUAAUAUUGGUAUAUUAGAACGUUGGCAGAGGAGAUAUUUCCGUAUUCAAGGCAGGUGUAUUUACUAUUUCAAAAAAGAAUCCGGUCCAGAUCCACCAAAUGGCAAUAUUCCCCUCGUUGAUAUAAAGGUUACAGAUAUUGCUCCAAGAAAAGGCCACAAUUUUUGUUUCUCCAUUAAUAUUCAGAAGAAAUCAAUUUCAAAGCGCGCGGAAUAUUUCAUUGCUGCCGAAAACGAUGCCACAAGAAAGAAAUGGACUGAAAACAUCAUGAAGAACAGAUCCAUUUCAAUUGUUGGCGAACCCUUCCAACUCUCAACAGUCGUUUCUCCAAGUGACUUAAACAUCCACCAGACACUCCCUUACUUCUUCAUCCCAAUUAUCCCUAUUCUUGAUUCCCAAGCAUAUAAACUCCGUAAUAUCUGGACAGUUGAAGUUCCAAAUGAAAUUGUUCAGAAAGGUCUUGCGACACUUGAUUUUAACUACCCGCUUCAUACAGAAGAUAUCCACAACGUUGUCGCUAUUAUACUCGCUUAUCUCAGAGAACUUCCUGAUGGACUUCUUCCGUCCGAAUACUUCAACAAAUUUGCUUCGAAAGUUACCCCUGAAGACCUCAAGGAAUUAGUUCGCAAUUCACCUGCUCCAGUUCGUCAGUUUUUGCAUGAUCUCGGUUUACAUUUCAAGAAAGUUCUCGAUAACACUUCCACAAAUGGAGUCACUCUCUACGUACUUAUCCCAAUUCUCGGACCAAUUCUCAUCCGUCCGCCAAAGGGAAAUUCAAUGGUUUCUUCUCAAGUUAGAUCUGUACAGGAAAACGUCGCUCAAUGCUUCUUACAGAACGCUACAAAGAUUCUCGAUGAUGUACACCAGUUCCUCGACGCUACACGCCUUCCAGUUAUUAAGAGAGCUCGCGUUAUCGAAUCUAUUUCACAGAAAUCAGACGAAUACCUCGAAGCCUCUCGUGGCCUUCUCAUCCACGUCGUACACGAAGAUAACUACGGCUGGUGCACAGUCUAUACAUCCAACCGCAGAGUCGGCUUGAUGCAUAGCUCCAAUAUGAAGCCACUCUCCAAGGAAGACGAAGAGGAACUUAACGAUGGACUCAAUAUCGAUGCUCUCAUGGAUGUUGUCAGAGAACAUUUACCACAAUUCAUGUCUAUCUUCGAUGGCAUGACCGAUGAGGUUGCAAGGCUUAGAGAUGCAUUUGAGGCAUCAAAGUCCGGAUAA